AUGACCCGGCAGCUCAUCGCUCGACUCAACAGAGGCUUCGAGAACUUCGCUCCCGCCUCUGGUCGAGCGGCCCUCGAGAGCCUCACCGGGGACCUGCAGAAGCUACUCCAGCUCUGGAGGGCUUCGGACCCCGCGCCGGAGCUACCGCCUCUGCCGGCGGACCCCGCGCCGGAGCAACCGCCUCUGCCGGCGGACCCCAUGCCGGAGCAACCGCCUCUGCCGGCGGACCCCAUGCCGGAGCAACCGCCUCUGCCGGCGGACCACGCGCCGGAGUCACCGCCUCUGCCAGAGGACCCCGUUCCCGAGCAGUCGCCGUCAUUGCCGCCUGUGCCUCUGCAACCUGCGCAGCCGGAGCAGCCAUCUUCGCUGUCCGCCAAGUCUGCGCAGCUUCCUCUGCCUGCGGCUUUCGAGCACGUGCUGCCGCCAGUCCCGGUUUCCAAGUUCCGCUCUCCCCGUGACUGA